UUUUGAACUGUGUGCUACUAAAGUCACAUUAUCAUUGCUUAACUUUGUACGGAUUUGUUAAACACGCACGGUUUUGAAUAUUAUUGUCCAAAUAUCACCUUAUCUAGUGUCUCUCACAUCACAGUCAAAGAGUAGCAACAAAUUGUCUUCAAAAUGGAUGACCAACAACAAAUGCCAUGUUGGUAUUAUGAAAAAGAAGAGUUGUAUAAAACCCCAUCGUACUAUGACCAAAUUGAUCAUGAAACAGAGACACGACAUCGUAGAGAAGGUGCAAGAUUCCUGUCAGCUGUUAGCACUAAAUUGAAUCUACGAUAUGAUACAUGCGCUACAGCGAUUGUCUUUUUUCACCGAUUCUACAUGUUUCAUUCAUUUAAAGCAUUUCCACGUUAUGUGACAGCAGCAUGUUGUCUAAUGUUGGCUGGGAAAGUGGAAGAAACACCUAAAAAGGUUCGUGAUAUUGUUAAAACGGCUAGAUCCCUACUAUCUGAUGCUGACUUUGAACAGUUUGGCAGUGAUCCAAGAGAGGAGGUCAUGGCAUUUGAACGAGUUCUUUUGAAAACAAUCAAGUUUGACUUACAAGUCUCACAUCCAUACUCCUAUUUACUUCAGUUCGCCAAAAGAAUUAAAGGUAAUCAAGAAAAGUUGAAGGAAUUAGUUCAGAUGUCAUGGUCUUUUAUAAAUGAUAGCCUGGCUACAACGCUUUGCCUACAAUGGGAGCCAGAAAUAGUUGCAUGCGCUGUACUCUACUUGGCUACUCGAAUGAGUAAAUUUACCAUAGAGGAUUGGGAAGGUCGUCAGCCAGGUCAACGUUGGUGGGAAUGUUUUGUUGAAGGCAUGAGUACUGAAGUAAUGGAAGAUAUUUGUCAUAAAAUUCUGGAUUUAUAUCCUGCUGAUGGAAAUUCCAAUGAAGAUCAGUUGGACAACACUACGACAACCAAAAACAAUAUCAAUAAGUCUCCUGUUGUUGGUGUUACUUCUACUGCUAAUACUAUUACUAGGCAUGAUGUACCCUAUCAUAAUGUAAUGCACUCAGCGCAAUUUGAUUCAACCAAAUAUCACAGGGGAGAACCAUCAGCUAAACGACAGGCAUUGAUGCGAUCAUCAGGAAAUGAUUUUUUGCGUCAUUCUACUGUACACAAUAUUCCUUCUGGUAGCAGUAUUUCAUUAGGUGUAGAUAGUACUACGAUGAAGCAUAUGUCAUAUCCCGUACCUUAUAGCCUACCCCCUGGAUCAAAGCUGAGCAAUAGCAGUUCACUUGUGUAUAAAUGAAAUAACAUUGCUGUUUGCCGAAUCAAUAAAGAAGUUUCACUUUGUAUUCUUAAAAAUCUACAAAUCAGAAUGUGCUCUUCAUUUUGUGAAAAAUAAUGCAUUUCAAGGCAUAUUCGAAAGUAGCAACUGUUGUAACAUUUAAUGGUAUCCUUCGAUACUCUUGUACGUUGGCUGUGUUGCUAUGUUUCGAUUCUCUUUGUAUAUAUUUACUAGUUAUAUGGUAUUCUUCUACACCAAUUUCUGCACUAAUAGUAAUAAUAAUAAACGAAAUAUAAAUAGGAGUAUGAUUUUUAAAAGAAUUUUACCUUUUCUUUACUACAUGAGAACUUGAUUUACACGGCAUACUUGACCUCCUUGGAGUUGAAAUAUACCAUUUAGAAUGAGCUGUUCAGCCUUACUAUUCAUCGGAAUAUAUAUGUAUUUUUUAAUAGUGACCACCAGCAUC